AUGCAUCCGAGUGUAGCGCCAUUGACGGUGCCCCCGGGCUUCCGCUUCCACCCGACCGACGAGGAGCUCCUCUACUACUACCUGAGGAAGAAGGUUGCUUAUGAAGCCAUAGAUCUGGAUGUCAUCAGGGAGAUCGACCUCAACAAGCUUGAGCCCUGGGAUCUCAUAGAUCGUUGCAGGAUCGGGACGGGGCCUCAGGACGAGUGGUACUUCUUCAGCCACAAGGACAAGAAGUACCCGACGGGGACGCGGACGAACCGGGCCACGGCGGCAGGGUUCUGGAAGGCCACUGGCCGCGACAAGGCCAUCCUCCUCGGCAACGGUGCCCGGAAGAUCGGGCUCAGGAAGACGCUCGUCUUCUACACCGGCAGGGCGCCGCACGGCACCAAGACCGACUGGAUUAUGCACGAGUACCGCCUAGACGACGACAACGCCGACGUGCCGCCACCGGAGGACGGGUGGGUGGUGUGUAGGGUUUUCAAGAAGAAGAGCAUCCAGAGGGGCUACGAGCAGCCGGACAUGGCUGCCACCGAGAUCCAGUCGCAGUUCCAUGGCACGCCCGGCAUCGGCAUGUCACCUGUCGACAUAGACCAGAAGCACGACCUCCACCAGCUCAUGCACGGCGGCGUCUUUCCCACCUUUGACCCCACGAUGCACCUGCCGCAGCUCACGAGCGCCGAGACACCGCCGGGCGUCCCAACCUUCAUGUCAUUGUCCGGCACGCAGGCCUCAACGCGGGCCGUGAAUCAGAUCGACAUGGGGUGCUCCCAGUCCAAGUACCAGAACAUGAUGAAGCUGACAUCGUGCACUGGUGGCGGCGGCACGGCGGAGAUGCUGCUUUGCAGCGGCGGCGAUCGCUUCGGCGCCGAGACGGACUGGUCGAUCCUGGACAAGCUCCUGGAGUCGCACCAGAACCUGGACCAACUUUUCCAUGGCAAGCUCGGCGGGUCAUCAGCAGUAGGAGCCCUUCCUCCACACCAUCACCAAGUCCAGCAGCAGCAGCUGAUGGAGAUUGGCGCUUCUUCGCUGCAGCGGCUUCCCUUCUUCCAUUACCUCGGUUGCGAGGCUGCUGAUCUCCUCAGGUUUUCCAAGUAG